AUGCAGCUGGCGUUUGGCGUAUUACUGGUGGUCCUGCUCACAGAGCUGAUCAACCUCAUCGGAAAAACACACUUCACCGCCCUGGGCUACGAUAUCUACCUUAAAGUGGUGCACAAGGACAGUGUGACGAAGCAACGCGCCCUCAAGAAGGAGGUUCUGACUCUCAAGAACGAACUUGCCAGGACUUCAUCUCAGGAUGAGUUUGCAAAGUGGGCAAAGUUGAGGCGCAAGAUGGACAGCAAGAUUGCCGAUCUGGAGAAAAUGACGUCGGAUCUGCAUGUGUCAAAGGCGUCGUUUGAGAUGAAGUUCAAGGGACUGUUGUGGUUUAUUACUAACGGGAUCCAGUUCUUGAUGGUUGCCUGGUACCGCCGGUCACCCGUCUUUUAUCUUCCCAUGCGCUGGUUCGGUCCUGCCGAGUGGGUCUUGUCAUUGCCCUUUUCUGAGCUAGGAUCGGUGAGCACGACCAUUUGGUUUUACUUUUGCCGCAAGUCUAUCACACUUUUGGCAUCCAACUUGGCAGAAUUCAUCCCCGCAGUCAAGGCAUUGAAGCCUGACCAGCCAGCUGAAUCGUCCAGCCCCUUUGCCGCCUUUGCCAACAUGGCCAAUCUUGCAGGAGCUGCCGCAGGAGCACCAGGAGCUGGUGGACCUGGAGGUGCUGCAGGAAACCCCUUUGCUGCCAUGGGCGGUAUGGGUGGUGGAGGAGAUCCUUUUGCGGGUAUGGGUGGCAUGGGCAUGGAUGACAUGGAUGCGUCGGCCAUGUUUGGACCAGGAUCACCCUUUGCGGCCAUGUUUGGACAGGCUCUCGACCCUAAUGGUACGACUGGAUCUGCGGGGACCUCGCCAGCGGCUUCGCGGUCUUCUUCUAUCCGUGGAGCUGGCAACCUCGGUCGUGGCGAGGAGCGGAGGAGAAAAGUGUAG